AUGUCAACCCCUCUUUCCUACUUCCAAUCAGCCUCUUGGUGUGCUGCCUGGUUGAACCAUCCCGAUCUCAGGAUCGACACCAGCGCCUCCAACCCUUUUCGAGAGACCACCAAACAUGACGAUGCGUGGAAGAAACGCACUUUCUUAUAUCGAGCCUCUCAAGACCCACAGGGAAUUAAAUCCGAAGGAUAUAUCGUGAUGCAGAUUGGAGCCGGGGUUUCGGGGAAAGAUGGGGUCGCGCAUGGAGGGUUUCUUGCAACGCUUAUGGACGAACUUACCGGCGGCCUGGUAGCAGCAUUGGGCCUUGAUCGUGGUCUUGGGAUACGCACUGCUAGCUUGAACACGACGUAUCAUAAGCUACUUCUUGCGCAAGGUUUUAUCAUGGCGCGGGCGGAGAUUGUCAAGGUCGAACGCCGGAAGGUGUUCGUGAAAGCAGAAAUAAGGGACGCUGCUGGGAAUAUCUGUACCACAAGCGAAGCUCUUUUCAUUAUGAAUAGAUCUUCCCUUUCUUAA